AUGCCGCUGUCUCCUCAGAAACUGCUCGAGUAUCACCCCGAGUACCGAGUUCUUGUAUGCACACAGUGUCAAUACGCCAUCCAGCCCCAGGCCAUCAAUCGUCAUCUUAAGGAUAUACACAAGAUCUACAGAUCUGCACGACAUCCAUAUACGACUUAUACCGCCAAGUACAAACUAUGCGAGCCUGGGGAUGUCGUCAAGGCUCGAAUCAUCGACUUUCCAGUUCCUUACUUGCCAGUCUUUGAUGGCCUCAGAUGUCUCAAUGCCGACUGCGCGUACUUGUGCAUUUCUACCAAGCGUAUGCAGAAGCAUUGGCUCUCGGAACAUGGACGUCAUGGCUAUGCAGAUAUCGACUGGACUCCAGCACCGUUGCAGACAUUCUUCCGUGGAAACCUAUUGCACUACUUUACGAGGAUGGACAGAACUAAAAUAAUAGGAAAACAAGAAGGCUCGGAGAUAGCCAGACGUCCAACAGCAACAUUGGGAACUUCAGACCAAAACUUGCUUCACCACUUUCAGACAGUAACAUGCAAGACCCUACCAAGCCAACACGAACAGAUAUGGCGUCUCGCUGUCCCCAGUAUCGCCGAGUACAACCCAUUCCUCAUGCACGCGGUACUGGCUUGCUCAUCGCUCCACCUCGCAACAAAGUAUCCAUCGGAUCAAGUUUACCUCACCCUCGCACAUGAACAUCAGAACAAAGCCAUGACUUUAUUCCUAGAAGCUAUUGAGAAUGUGACUGAGACAAACUGCGAAGCCAUCGCUGCAUUCUCACAUCUUCUCGUUGUCUACACUUUCGGGACUGAGAGGCAGGAUAACACACUCCUCCUUACACGAUCUUGCAGCUCGGACCCGGAUGGCUUGUGUAGCUGGCUAUACUUCAUACGGAACGGGUGCAAUCUGGUGAAUGGCUACCGACACAUAAUCGCGUCUGGUCCACUUGGAAAGCUCGUUCAAAUCUGGGGAGAGCCCAACACAGAGAUCGGCCAACAGAAGGUGACUGAAAUCACGGAAAGGUUGACGUCCGUCAUCCAAAAUGGACAUGGAAUGUGGCCUCCUAUAAAAUACGAGAUUCUCCAAGACGCAGCACACAAGUUAGGACAUGCAUUCGCGUCUGCAGAAGCCUUGGGUGAUGGCUUCGACACUUGGACUGCCGUUCGCAACUGGUCGACGACAGUCUCGAUCGAGUAUACCCGACUCCUCGCAGAAGAGAAUCCAGCUGCCUUGAUCUUUCUCGGAUACUAUUGCCUUCUUCUGAAGAAAUUGCAGUCAGCUUGGUACAUUGCGACGUACCCGCUUCAACUACUGUAUAUCCUCAAGGGCAAACUGGAUCAUGGAUGGCAUCAGUACAUCGACCCUCUGAUCACGGAAUGGGAACAGUCAUGUACCGUCACUUGUUGA